CUCUAACCGCUGCCUGUCUUUGGAGACACUAACUUUUCACCUUGUUACUCCUCGGAUAUCUUCCUAGUUUUUCCAGUAAACAAAUGGCCCGUCCGUUUUUACCGUUUACUAGACGUUUGGGGUUAGAUAAGGCUGUUAAUUUAAAAAGCAGAUUUGUCUAAAUUGCGGCGCAACUUCAAAGAGAUCGAAGGCGAAGUUGUAGCCAAGAUAAAGGAAUCCCAGACCGACCCUGCUUGCUCCUACUAACGGUCAAAGUCACGAUGUCAGUGAGCAACCACGAAAACCGAAAGUCACGCUCCAGCUCCGGCUCGAUGAACAUCCAGCUCUUCCACAAGACGUCACACGCCGACAGCCUGUUGACGCAGCUGAACCUGCUACGCAAGCGAAGAGUCUUCACCGACGUCGUGUUAAAAGCUGGAAACCGCUCCUUCCCGUGCCACCGCGCCGUCCUGGCCUCCUGCAGUCGCUACUUUGAGGCCAUGUUCAGCGGUGGCCUCAGGGAGAGUCGGGAUGCUGACGUCAACUUCCAUGAUUCCCUCCACCCUGAGGUACUGGAGCUCCUGCUCGACUACGCCUAUUCGGCUCGGGUCAUCAUCAAUGAGGAGAACGCAGAGUCCCUGCUUGAAGCUGGGGACAUGCUUCAGUUCCACGACAUCCGUGACGCAGCGGCCGAAUUCCUAGAAAAGAACCUCCAUCCUUCUAAUUGUCUCGGGAUGAUGCUGCUGUCAGACGCGCACCAAUGUCAGAGGCUGUACGAGCUGUCAUGGAGGAUGUGUUUGGCCAACUUUGCUACCCUCUUCAAAACAGAGGACUUUCUUAGCCUGCCAAAAGAUAAAGUCCAGGAACUGAUCCUCAGCGAAGAACUAGAGGUGGAAGACGAGAGUCUGGUGUACGAUGCUGUCAUAGACUGGGUGAAGGCAGAUAUGGAGCAGCGGCACAGCGAGUUGCCCGAUCUGCUGCGCUGCGUGCGCUUAGCUCUGCUGCCGGAGUCCUACCUGCUGAAGAACGUCGCCUCGGAGGAGCUGGUCAUGUGCCACAAGGUGGGGCGGGAGAUCGUAGAAGACGCAGUACGGUGCAAGAUGAGGAUUCUCCAGAAUGAUGGCAUUGUAACAGGGUUCUGUGCGCGCCCCAGAAAAGUCAGCCAGGCCUUGCUGCUUCUUGGGGGACAGACUUUCAUGUGUGAUAAAGUCUACAUGAUUGACAAUAAGACCAAGGAGAUCACACCCAAAACGGAUAUCCCAAGUCCCAGGAAAGAGUGCAGUGCUUGUGCCAUUGGUUGUAAGGUUUAUGUUACCGGAGGCCGUGGCUCUGAAAAUGGAGCCUCCAAAGAUGUCUGGGUGUAUGACACAUUGCAUGACGAGUGGUCUAAAGCGGCGCCGAUGCUGGUAGCCAGAUUUGGGCAUGGCUCUGCAGAGCUUGACCACAUGCUGUACGUGGUGGGGGGGCACACGUCUCUGGCGGGAUCGUUUCCUGCGUCUCCGUCUGUGUCUCUGAAACAAGUUGAACAGUAUGACCCGCAGAACAACAAAUGGACCCUAGUGGCCCCGCUGAGGGAAGGUGUGAGCAACGCCGCCGUUGUCGGCGCCAAAAACAAACUCUUUGCUUUUGGAGGGACCAGCGUAAACAGAGACAAAUACCCCAAGGUGCAGUGCUUUGACCCCUGCCAGAACCGGUGGUCGGUGCCGGCAGCUUGCCCACAGCUGUGGCGGUACACGGCGGCGGCUGUCGUCGGCAACCAUGUCGUCGUAAUUGGAGGCGACACAGAGUUCUCCGCAAGCUCUGCGUACCGUUUCAACAGCGAGACGUAUCAGUGGACAAAGUUUGGUGAUGUCACAGCCAAGCGAAUCAGCUGCCAUGCCGUGGCAUCGGGGAACAGGCUGUAUGUGGUUGGAGGCUACUUUGGGGCUCAGAGGUGUAAGACGUUAGACUGUUACGACCCGUCAUCAGACUCCUGGGACAGCGUGACCAGCGUGCCGUACUCUCUCAUUCCUACUGCCUUCGUCAGCACGUGGAAGUACCUGCCCUCUUAGACCCGCAGUCUCUACAAGGUUCCUGGAUGAGCUGUGAUGUCUGGUAUGCAGGCAUAUGUCUCUCUGCUGGCUCCACGGAGGAGGAAGAAGAAGGGGUUUAUGUUGUAUCGUUGGGGCUCCGUCCUCUCUGAUGAGUCUGCGGAGGAGCAAAGGCCUGGAAGCAGCCCAGAGACUGAAAGUCUGGUCCCACCCAUCCUCAGCCCCCACCACCUGAUCUGUUUACUCGGACUGUGUAACUUUCUCAUGGAAGCAGCCUGCAGUUUAAGCGGGAGUUGUUGCCAUGCUUACUGCAGGGGGGCCUCGCAGUCAUCUCUGCUUCUUCUCUCUCCUCCUGGAACAAAUAAGCUACUGUGACCGGAUCAGACCUGUACUGGUCCUUUUUCCAGUUUUAUUCCCUUUUCGCCUGACGCGUUUACUCAGGUGUAUUAUUUUCCUGCUCGCAGGCUGAAUUAGACGUGUGAUCAGCCAGCUGUGCGGCAAAGGAAGCAAGUUGUUUGUGAAGCUGUAUUAUUUUGUGCACAGAAAUAUUCUUCCUGUCUGUAUUUUUAGCCUUUGGACUCGGGCUUCCCUCAAUUUUGGUGAGCUAAAUUUGUACUCUGCUCCGCAACUGAAAAAAGUAACGAGCUUGCGGGGAGAGAAUGCUGAAGGAGAUACUCAUCAGUUUUUGUUUUGUUUUUUUGUCUCAGGGUUUUUUUUUUUGUUUUUGUGCUUGUUCAAAGAAGGGUUAUGUCUUUCUCUAUUGUCCUUUUUUUAUGUACUUGUUACAAAUUUUAAACUUUUUUUGGCCCUUACAUUGGUUAUACAGAAAAUAUACCCAUUUGUCUUACCUAAGUGGUACUUUGGAUUAAAUUAAGUGUUUUCUUACUAGUUGGCUCUGUAGUUCUUUUUUAAAAUAUGUUAUGUACAUAAUUGAAUAUUAUUAACAGAGGUCCUUUGUGUGUUUGGUUUUUACUUUAGCUUUGUAAUAUGUAGAGACUUUUUUUUUUUUUUUAUUUGCACAAAGAAAACUCUGUGGUCUUAAUUUUGUAUCUUGGUCUUAACCCAGCUCUGGUAGUGUGAGUAAUUGAAGCCUUUUUGUAGCAAAUAUUCUCAUCUCUUUCCACAUUCUUUAUUCACACUCAGUGCAAGUCGCAAAUAUAUCAAACUAUUUGUCUGUUGUACUAAUUUACUACUUAUACAGCCUUGUACUAGUUCUGCAACUGAGAACCUGUCAAUAAACCUGAUUUUGCU